GAGCACCCACACAACCGGGAGGGGAACGCGCAUUUGUUGUGAUUGUAGGGGGUGUGUGUGGAGCGGCGGGCGCGAUAUGGGGAAAUGAGGAGAGUGUGUGUGGUGGGUGGGAUCUGCGGAAACGAGAUGGGCGAGUAUGUACGUUUUUGUGUGUGUGUUGAGGGGCGGGAUGGUGUAAUACUUGACGGGGGACCCAAAACAGGAGAGCCGACGGUCCCCUGUUCCGUGACUGUCGAAGAUUUCUAGGGCCUUCUCAUGGACAGCUGAGGCCAAUGCCGGGUCAGUGUUGACAGAUGUGAGCGUAAUCACUCUGUUCUCCACUGGCACAAGACCUGCGUUUGUUCCCUAGGAGGAGCUGUGCCAGCGUUCCGCCCUAGGAGCAGUUCCUAGUGCGGCAACAUUUAUGCUUCCCCUUCCGCCCAGACUGGCCCCACUUCCGCCCGGUCGCCGAGGCCGCGCCCCACGCCGCGCUCCGCCGGCUCCCGCACCCCAGCUACCGCUGCCGCCGUCACCGUCGCGAUGCCGGGGUCGGGAUCCCGCCUAAUCUCGGUGUUCCCCAGCCCGCAGGAGCUGGGUGUGUCGCUGGCGCAGCUGGUGGUGCAGCGAGCGGCGCAGAGCCGGGCCGGGGCCGGGGGCGCGGGGGAUGGGGCUCGUUUCUCACUUGGGCUCUCGGGCGGGAGCCUAGUCCAGCUACUGGCUCAAGAGCUGCCCGCGGCCGCAGCCCCCGCCGGCCCAGCCGCCCCCGCGCACUGGACGCUGGGAUUCUGCGACGAGCGCCUCGUGCCCUUCGACCACGCGGACAGCACGUUCGGCCUGUACAGGACUCAUCUUCUUUCGAAGCUGCCCAUCCCAGAGAGCCAGGUAAUCACCAUCAACCCUUCGCUCCCAGUGGAAGAGGCUGCCUCAGACUAUGCAGAGAAGCUUCGAGAAGCCUUUCAAGGGGACACAAUCCCAGUUUUUGAUCUGCUGGUUUUGGGUAUCGGACCCGAUGGGCACACGUGCUCCCUUUUCCCUGAUCACCCACUCCUUCAGGAGAAGGAAAAAAUUGUUGCCCCCAUCAGUGAUUCCCCAAAGCCACCGCCUGAGAGGGUGACCCUCACUCUGCCCGUACUGAAUGCCGCACGAAUGGUAGUGUUUGUGGCCACCGGAGAAGGCAAAGCGGCGGUGUUGAAGCGCAUCCUGGAAGGUGAUGAGGAGAAUCCGCUUCCUGCUGCACUCGUGCAGCCCCACACGGGGCGGCUGUGCUGGUUCCUGGAUGAGGCUGCGGCGAAAGAGCUGACCAUUCCAUUCGAGAAGCAUUCCAUUUUGUAGCCAGACGGGCUCAGCGUGCCAGACUCAGAGUUGACCUCUGCACACCGCUCCCCCUUUCUCCCCGAUCUUUUUACAAAGACCCGCGGGCGUGGGGGCGGUGGUCCUCUCUCCUGGGGAGCGAGCGAGCCUCAGAACAGGCUCAUGAACUUCGUACGGUCUCUCUUGUGUGACCACCCAAUAUUAAAGUGUGAGUUUAAGCCCC